AUGCCCCUCGCUCCUCGUCAAUGCAGUGUCCUGAGCGUGGAACGGUAUAGACUACGUGCUGGAUGCUGGCACCUGGAGGCAUCCCGUCAGCAUACCGGUACUCAAGCGUUGCAAAUCAGCUACAGCUUCCUGCCCCAGCCCGUCCAAAGGUGCGGCGCAUGGACAAGAUCCCUUGAAGAGCUUGACAUAAGGACUUGCCCUACGAUAGCUGGGAAAAGGCGAACUCACGCUGUUGCGAUCCUGGUCGACACGGGAGAGAUACUGUCUGCGAAUCUGGGAACCAUAUAUACCGCCAAAAAUGCCGCAUAG